GUGAUAUCAUCUGAAGACAUCCUGGCCGAUGCUAUGUCCUCACUGCCCGCCGAGAAGGCUGCUGCUGCUGCAGGAACUCGGAAGGAGCCUCCUCGCGCGGAAUCCCAGGCCCCCGCCGUUGCCUUCUUCUUGGAAGCGCCAAUUCCACAUUGCUCGCGUGCAGCAGACUCCGCGGCAGAUACAACGUCGAUUGGCUUCGAGAUCCGUCACAAAACGCAUAGGGCAGCUCUGUAGGGCAUAUGGCACAGUGCCAGAGUCACGCAAGGUUGAAGACCCAUCCCAACAACCGAAUGAGCCAGAGCUGCAUGAAUCGCCGUAUACUUUACCCAAUGCCUUGACUCUGGCGAGGAUACUGGCGUGUCCGUGGCUGGGCUAUGAGAUUAUUCACGAAGAGUAUGCCUGGGCGACGGGCAUCCUCUUUGCUUCUGGACUCUCUGACUGGCUCGACGGGUAUCUCGCACGGAACUGGGGAGGGCAAUCCGUCCUUGGAUCAAUACUCGAUCCCGCUGCAGACAAGGCACUCAUGACUACCCUAGUCGUAACCUUGGCAUACAGCGGUUUGCUGCCGAUACCCCUGGCGGUCCUCAUUCUAGGUCGCGAUGUCGCGCUCUCCAUCUCCGCCUUCUAUUUUCGGUUCAUCUCUCUUCCUCGACCCAGGACCUUGAAACGAUAUUUCGACCCCUCCAUCCCUUCGGCAGAAGUCAAACCAACGCAGAUCAGCAAGAUCAACACGGCGCUGCAGCUCUUGCUGAUGGGGGUCACGACCGUGUCUCCGCUCAUACAUCUGCCAUUAGGCACCCCUUUGACCCUUUUGCAGUGGACAGUUGCUGGGACGACCAUUUGGAGUGGGUUUAGCUACCUGGGAAGGUCAGGUGUGAAGAUCCUAGGCAAGCAAGGAAAGUGAAUCUGGCUCUUUGUAUUAUACCACGUCAUGCCAUCUUUAUCAGUC